AUGGCUGGCGCACAACCCGUAGUCGGCAUCCUCUCCAUCGGUGAGAUGGGCCUAGGCAUCGCGAACCUCCUCAUCAGCCAUGGUUACCGCGUCGUAACCUAUGCAGAAGAUCGAAGUAAAUCCACCAGAGAUCGUGCCCAGUCAAUCAAUAUUGAGCUCCUCUCCUCAAUCAAAGAACUAGCUUCUCUCUCUGCGGUCAUCCUCUCCAUAGUACCACCCAAAGACGCGCUCACAACCGCACAGCGCGUGCACGAGCAAACACCCAACACAAGAGAUAACCCAAUCUACUAUCUAGACCUCAACGCCACCGCGCCCUCUCUCGCAACACACACCGACGACCUCCUCAGCUCUAACAAGAACAUAGUCUACCUAGACGGCGGAAUCAUCGGCGGACCGCCCCGCAAGGUAUCCACGGACACUGAAACAACCUGGGCAACACCAUCCCUCGUUGUCUCCGGCCCAACACAGCUCCCAUACUCGGAUCUCGCGAGAACACUAAACAUAGAUCACGUAUCAUCGCGCAUCGGCGCCGCAUCGGGUGUGAAGCUCUGCUUCGCCAGUACAACGAAAGGUUUCUUCGCGCUCGCGAUUCAGUCCUAUGUCACGGCGGAGUCAAUGGGUGUGUUCCCCGAACUAAGGAAGUACAUGGGGAAACAUAAUCCGCAGACGCUAGAAAUUGCAGAUAAGGGCGUUGUCGGAAUGCCGCCGAAGGCUUAUCGGUGGGUUAAUGAGAUGCAGCAGAUUGGGGAGAUGAUGGAGCGAGAAGGCGGGUUUGGGAAGGGACUAUUUGAGAGCGUUGCGGAGGUGUAUAGGGUUGUUGCGGAGGAUACGGCGCUUGGGCUGGAGAAGACUGGGAGAAGGGAGAGGGGGACGAGCGUGGAAGAUGUAGUGGCAGUAAUGAGGGAGGGCAUGAAUAGUACACAGAAGAAGGAGAAGUCGGAUUGA